AAUAAAGAAAAAUAUUUGCGCUCGACUCUCUCUCUUGGCAAGCCAAGCCUCUCACACUCUCCGGAGACAAGCUCGAGGAUGCCAACCCCAACACCGUUAAGCAGCGCCUCCGCCAUGCUCCGCCGGCGUCUCCUCCCAUCACUUCGAACCCGCGGCGGUUCCUCCUCCCGGUGGACGAGUGCAGGCCAUGAGGAGCAUCCGAAGGGGUACCUCUUCAACCGGACUCCACUAGCACCGUGGGAGUCUCGCUCAUGGGAAGAUUGGGAACUCCCCUGCUACAUCACCAGCUUCCUCACCAUCGUGAUCUUGGGCGUUGGUCUCAACGCCAAGCCCGAUUUGACCAUGGAAACCUGGGCCCACGAGAAAGCUCUUGAACGCCUCAGGAUGGAGAACAACCUCACCGCUGGAUCCACUGAAUUGCUGAAUAAUCAGGAUUGCAAGGAUGAACAAGGGGAAGAGUGACAUUCCCACAAUGAAGUCUGUUGACAUUCUCAAGGCUCCAAGUUUUGUUAAUAUAAUUAGUUGACAUUUCUAAAAUUUAUAUGAAAACAGAACAAUUAUUUUUAAUGAGUCACAUCCUUUAAGUGCUACUAUGUCUUAUAUGACUGUCGGCUAAGUGUCUGUCGUGUCCAAGCCAAUGAAUUUGUUUCUUUAAUAAUAUAGAGGAGUGUCAACAUGUGUCCUACAAUUAUCAGACAGAUGUUAGUAUCAGCAACCUAUUUGACACUCCAAGAAGGAGAAGUAUUUACGCUUCAUAGGUUGUAGUUUAUGUUUUUCUGUACAAGCCUUCCAUUCACACUUUAUCAGGUUAUGGGGUCAAGCUUCACUGCCUUGCUGUAUUUUAUGUUAAUUUUCAAAGUUACAAUGUUGGAAUA